UCUUGCGCACAUCGCGGACGCGCUCAAUCCGAUUCUCGCAGUGAGGAACUCGUAAACUUUACCAAACUAUCAUAAAAUUACCAAUAAAACAAAAAAAAGUGAAAUAACUUAAAUUAAAAAAAUAAUAAUUUUAAAUAAAAUUAGUGAGUGUUUUACUAAAAAUAAAAAUAUUUAAAAAAAUAAUUAGUGUAGAGUAUAGAUUUUCACGCGAGUCAUAAAUAAAGUUUGAAAAAAAACCUCGGCGACAGUUUGGCACCAGUCAUAGAAUGAAGGUCGCAUCCUGGCUGGACGCCAGGACUUUUCUCUGCCAAUGCCAUCGUCAUUCCACGGCCAUUGCAUGCAUGACCCAAGACAGACGCCUCUCUGUCUACGAAAACUAUAAAAUAAAUUUAUAUACCAACUAAACAUCAAAAAAACUUCAAAAAAACACAAAAAAAACAUUUUUUUUAAUUUCAAAAAGUGUGAAUAUGAACGAAAGCGAUUUCAACUUCAACAUCAUGUCGAACUUGACCGUCUGCGACCACACUUCACCGGAUUACGACGUAUGGCUAUGCCUGCAGAUAGAAAUGGGCCCACAAACACUCAGCCUGCAAACGGCCGUCCCGCUAACAAUUCUCAACGUAAUCAUCUUUGUCACCGGCCUGGUGGGCAACAUCUCCGUAUGCUUGGUCAUCGUCAAGCACUCCAAUCUGCACACGGUCACUAAUUACUAUCUCUUCAAUCUGGCGAUCUCAGAUUUAACUCUAUUAAUUUUUGGGCUGCCAUACGACGUGGCUGUCUAUUGGCAUCAAUAUCCCUGGGUGCUCGGCAACGCGUUCUGCAAGUUUCGCGCAUUGUUAUCCGAAUGGGCGUCUUACGUCUCCGUGCUGACAAUUGUCGCCUUCUCGACGGAGCGCUACUUCUCCAUUUGCUAUCCGCUCUAUCUGUACAAGAUGGGCGGGUUGCAGCGCGCCAUUAGGAUAAUUAGUGGCAUUUGGUUUCUUAGCUUCUUUGCAGCGUUGCCAUUUUCUUUUUAUACCAGAGUGGAAUAUAUACAAAUCAACAAUUAUUUUAUCGAGGAAUCUGCAUUUUGUGGCAUGUUGAGCCAUCCACCGAUUCCACUCGCCGCCCUCAGCACGAUCAUCUUCUUCCUCAUCCCGAUGGUGAUCAUCAUCUUCGAGUACUCGAUGAUGGGCUAUAAAAUCGCACAUCGCUCUAAUUUGCAGUUCGGUGAUAUUCGCAACGUGAACAACGUGCACCGCGACCGCACGCGUGCGCAAAGCCAUAAAGCCAUCGUCCGCAUGUUGGCCGUCGUCGUGGUGGCGUUUUUCAUCUGCUGGGCGCCAUUCCACGCACAACGCCUCAACUACAAAUACGGCAUGGGCUCACCAUACUUCAGCAUUAUCAAUGAAUGGAUGUACUUUAUCACCGGCCUCCUCUACUACUUCUCAUCAACACUCAAUCCCAUCCUGUACAACGUGAUGUCGAAUCGUUAUCGGUGCGCGUUUCGCGAGAUUCUCUGCGGCGCUGCGCCCAGCACCAAUAACUCAGUAGUGCGCAACUCGACAAUUCGCGAAACACGAUUGCCUUCGGGCAACAUGACUGAACGUCUUAGUACGACAACCAGCCGCAAUGGACAUGCAAAUAAUGUCGCUACAAAAGAAGAUGACCCGAUGGUGGUGCAAAACCGAGAGAUUAAACUCGGUAAGAACACGCAGCUCAUUUGCGAAUUGAAUUAUUCGGUGAUUAAGCCAAACAGCGAGACGUGCAUAUAGGAGAAGAUCUGCAUGGUCGAGCUCGUCAUCAAAUAAUGGACAAUAAUCACGUGCGCCAUUUGCAAUGAACACACAGCUCAACCAUUCGCAAUCAACUUUUAUUCAGGCUAAAACAUUCCGGACGUGUUUCAUUUAAUUUCAAACUUUCAGCCAUGCAGAACGCAAGGAAAUUGAAUUAAAUAUCAAUCACUACUACUGCAUUCCAUUAUAUAUUGUGAAUUGUGACUGAAAUUGAAUAAUACACACCCAGAUGGCGCUAGUAUUCAAUACAUACACUGUGUUGCCAUCUUGUAAUCGAAAUUUUCAUUAGAAUUUCAUGUUUCACGUCGGAUUAAAUAUCCUACACACAUUUUUGCUUUUCUGACGGUUUUAAUGCAUAAAAUUUCUCAACGCAACUAUUUCUUAUCAAAAUAACUAAAAUUUGGUGUUUUUUUUGGGGGGGGUAAAACCCGCCGAUAUUUACCCGGCGGAGUUUGUGUAGCACUGAUUUAACAUUGAUGGAACGAUCUGGCUUAAACGAAAAAUGUGAUGAAAGCAAAACACACAAUGAAGAAUUUAUUUAUGAAACUUCAUAAAAACUGAUGUGCGCGAUUUAAAUAAGCUUCGAAUGCUUUUCAUGCACAAUACGCAAACAAAACGGAUGAUGUUAAAUAAGCAGCCAACGCAUUAAAAUGUAUUCUAGUGAAAUAUUUCAAAGAACAAAGUAAAACAUAAAAAAAACAUGAAAAAACUCACAUUUAUUAAAAUAAUGAUUGAUUACGACUGUUUUUCCAGUGAUUUGGUUGCUGAUUAUGCGCACAGUGAAUGUAUAAAUGUAAAAAAUAUAAUUUCGUAUUAAAUUAAUUAAAAUACAUUAAGUCUGGCUGUGAUACGAAGCGAAGAUGGAAGAAAACGUUGCACGCGCACUCCGAUACUUAAUAAUACAAUUAAUCCAGCGAAAUUUGUUGUAAAACAAGCGAAAUUUACCCAAAGUUGCUCACGAUUAAUUUAUCCGAUGGCUAAAAAUUGACCCGUGCAGCGUUUGUGAAGGCAAAACCUAAUUAAUUUCGACGUAAUUUGUAUUUUUUGUUAUUGCGUUCCUUGCCCCCUAGGGGGCGCGAGGUCGACGGGUCGAAGAAACCGGGUAACUUUUAAUGAAUAAUUAUCGACGUCAAAAUACAACACCUCGGAUCACAAACAAGCCCGCAAGAUGCCCGAAAGCUUGUGAGAAAGAGACGAAAAAAACUGACAAUGAAUUUCAGCUUCUUUUGUAUUUUGCUUAAUUACUUUAAUCAAGUAAAAACCCGCAAACAUCAAAAAGUCCCAAAAUUCAUUCAGGUGUAAUUAAACAAAUCGUUUAUUUAAAUUAAUUACGACGUCAUUCAAUGUCGUGUCGUUGUAUGAUGAUGUAUAAUUAAUGUUCCAACAUGUUUUUUACAUAAAUAUAAAUAUUCGCUAAAUCUACUUAAAA